AUGAUACGUAGUGGCAAUCGUGCAAUGAACGACGCAGUGCUUCUCGCAGCGUUGGUUUUCCUGAGUGUCCUGUACGCCGCUGAUGCUGACAAUGUCAUUUUCAACAAGUCGCAUCAGCGGAUGCAGAAAAUGUGCUCAAGAAAACUGAGCGAUGCUCUGCAUAUCAUAUGCAAGGAUCGCGGCUACAACGAACCGUUCUACAGCAACGAGGAUGAGUCGAGAAUCGAUCCCGGUCCGGGACUUGUCGAGGAGUGCUGUUAUCAUCAAUGCACCUACGCACAAAUGGAACAAUACUGCAAACCUCUUCCCGCGGAGAAACGGACCGACUCGAAGGGCGACGCUAUGGAUUUGUCGCAUAUAGCGAAUCUACCUCAUUCUACGACAAAAGAUUUUCUGGAACAGCAUCCACAAACGGAGAUGGACUACGCCGGCGAUGCGAUAAAACGUAAGGUCGAUGAUUUGAAAAGGGGACGGCACAGGGGGAAAAGUGGUCGCAAUAAUGAUGGUGAAUGUAAGGGGAAGGCUGAUGCGAAAAAGCGACACCGCGGCAGGCACUGUAGAUGCCGGCGUCGGCGUCUGGAAUGUCGCCGUGCUGGCAAGGUUUUACGCAGCAACGUUAAAUCUCUAGGCAACAAAUUUCUAACAUCAUUAAUGACUGACGAACCUACGUUGUUCGAAACGAUUUAGAGCGAAGUUGAUUCUCCAAUGCCAAUCUUCGAUUUGCCACUUUCUCUUGAUCACACAUUUAAACAAUUAAUGGAGUUUGCACACGGAUGAUGGCUAAUAGAGAAGAGAUCUGAGAAGAGAUAAAUCGAAUUGAAAGAAUUUGUGUAAAAGAGAUAUUAUUUAUAAGGAAUCCAGUCUCAUCACGCACAUUAGUGUUAAUAGAUGCCGAAAUGCGACGACGCGACGUGCGGCGAAUAGUGUCAUCCAUCAGUUUUGACAUGGAAGAAUUCGUGAUUGUGGAAGCGUGGAGGAUCAAUUGCUCGAUGGCGACAUUGACGGGACAGAUGUGCUGUUUUAGAUUAUUCCAUUGCUUUUCUAUCAAGAACAAUGUCGUUAAAAAAGUGUGUUUCGAUGACAACUCGUGGGGGAAUCGCUGACUUGAAUAUCGAAAAUGCAAUUGUAGUGAACUUGAAUACAAUUUGAAUGCAAUCGGGUAGCGCAAUAAUGUCGCAAAGAAAAAAAGAAAGACUUAAGUGAUUUGAAUACAAGUGUUUGCAGGCGCGAGAAGCAGCCCGUA